AUGUGUGUUUAUGAUAUUGUUUUCAUUUUACUUAUUGUUACUGGUUAUACUGAUGCAAAUAAUGUACUUGAUUUAAAUGGAGUUUGGAGUAUAACGAAUGGUCUAUUGUUUUUUGUGUUAGAAUUCAACAUCCAAGGUAACGUACCAGGAGAUGUUUACACUUCUCUAAUACAAAGCAGAAUAAUAGAAGAUCCUUAUCGACGUGAUAAUGAUGUAGUGUACAGACCCUAUGCUUAUUAUGGCUAUACAUAUAAUAGAAAAUUUACUGUUAGUGAGGCAGAUUUUAAGUCUACUAAAAUAGAACUAGUUUGUGAUGGACUGGACACAUUCUCUGAUAUAAUGGUAAAUGGUGUAUUGGUUGGUAGUAGUGAUAAUAUGUUUAUAAAGUAUAGAUAUAAUAUUAAACAUGUUAUAAAACCUGGUAUAAAUAAUAUUACCAUCAGCUUCCAAUCUGCUGUAAUAACUGCUGAAGCCUUGUAUAAUAAAUCUACCUACCAUAUACCAUCAAUAUGUCCAGAUGCUUACCAUGGUUUUUGUCAUUAUAACUUCAUCAGAAAGAUGGAAUAUUCAUUUAGUUGGGAUUGGGGUCCAGCUAUACCUAACCAGGGUAUUUGGAGAAAUAUCUACGUAGAAUGUUAUGAUAUUCCAAAAAUAAAUAGUAUUUCUGUUUUACCAAAGCAGUCAGGAAACACAUUCUAUUUCCGUAUAAAUGGUGUACCAAUAUUUAUGAAGGGUGCUAACUGGGUCCCACCUGAUACAAUGUUAGAAAGAAUAACUAGAGAUAAAAUAGAGAAUAUAUUACAAUCAGUUAUAGAAGGAAAUAUGAAUUUGUUAACAGUAUCUGGAGUAUCUAUGUCAAAUGUUAAAAAGAUGUCUCCUACAGAAUUUACAGUAACAUUAACUACAAACCACAUAGCACCAUUUGUAUGGAUUAAUUCACGUGGUAUAUCUGGUCGUUUUUCUGAUAAUGGUUUUAUAAUGAAAGAUCCUCAGCUACAGUUGACUUUUACAUCCUGGCAACCAGUGGACUUAAAAACUUUUACUUAUUCAUUAUCUGUACAAUCAUUAAUGGAUAUUUACCAUUAA